AUGGCCAAGCUCAGCAUAAAAAACGUCGAUGUUAAGGGCAAGCGGGUGCUCAUUCGCGUGGACUUCAAUGUGCCUUUUGCGCGGGAUGGCUCAAUUUCGAAUACGCAGCGCAUUGAUGCAGCGCUUCCAACCAUUCAAUACGUGCUAGAUCACGGCGCGAAAGCUGUCGUGCUGAUGUCCCACUUGGGCCGCCCUGACGGAACGCCCAAUGUUAAGGACUCGCUUGCACCUGUUGCUGUUGUUGUCGAGAAAAAACUUGGUCGUAAGGUCAUAUUUUUGAAGGACAGCGUCGGACCCGAGGUUGAGGCCGCUUGUGCAAAUCCUGCAGAGGGAAGCGUCAUUUUGCUUGAAAAUCUUCGCUUUCAUGUCGAAGAAGAGGGAAAGGGUAAGGAUAGUGAGGGGAAUAAGGUGAAAGCGUCUUCUGAAGCUGUGGCUGCCUUCCGCGCCUCGCUAAGCAAGCUCGGAAAUGUUUACGUUAACGAUGCCUUUGGUACGGCGCACCGCGCUCAUAGCUCAAUGGUUGGUGUGAAUCUUCCGAUCAAGGCCGCUGGCUUUUUACUUGACAAAGAGCUUGUGUAUUUUGCCAAAGCACUGGAUGCCCCACAGCAUCCAUUUGUAUCAAUUCUGGGCGGUGCCAAAGUGGCUGAUAAAAUUCAACUCAUCAUGAAUAUGCUUGACAAAGUAGAUGAGAUGGUUAUUGGCGGUGGCAUGGCCUUCACCUUCAAAAAAGUAAUUAAUAAUAUGGAUAUUGGAAGCUCCCUUUAUGAUGCUGACGGUGCCAAGAUUGUGAUGGAAAUCAUGGAAAAGGCCAAAGCAAAGGGUGUGACUCUGCACUUGCCCGUGGAUUUCGCUAUCGGCGACAAAUUUGCUGCAGACGCUGCUAAGAGAAUUUGUUUGGAAGAAGAGGGCAUUCCAGCUGGUUGGAUGGGCUUGGACAUCGGUCCUAAGUCGCAAGAGGCGUUUAAGGCAGCUGUAGCGAAAGCCAAGACGGUCGUUUGGAAUGGUCCGAUGGGUGUUUUCGAAUUUGACAACUUCGCUGACGGUACGAAGGCGGUUAUGGAUGCUGUGGUUAGUGCCACUGAGUCGGGUGCAACUACGAUCAUUGGUGGUGGUGAUACGGCCACAUGUUGCGUUAAAUUCAAAACGGAGGACAAGGUCUCCCAUGUGAGCACAGGUGGCGGUGCUAGCCUGGAGCUACUGGAGGGUAAGAUUUUACCUGGGGUAGAAGCGUUGUCGUCAGCGUGA